AUGCGUUCCCCUAUCUCUAACCUCGACCUGUGGUCGUCUUUCACUGUGCUUCUCGCAUCGGCUGGUACCCUUGCGAGUGCCGCGUGCGCCGUCCCCUCCCAGGGUCAAUACCGCUGGUCUUCCACCGGUGCCCUGGCUCAGCCUCAGCACGGCUGGACUUCCAUCAAGGACUUCACCAACGUUGUCUACAACGGCAAGCACCUUGUCUACGCCUCCGUGGCCGACUCCCAGGGCAACUACCACUCCAUGAACUUCGGUCUCUUCAGUGACUGGUCCCAGAUGGCCUCCGCCAGCCAGAACCCCAUGAACUUCAACGCUGUCGCCCCGACUCUGUUCUUCUUCGCUCCCAAGAACGUCUGGGUUCUCGCCUACCAGUGGGGCGCCAGCGCCUUCUCCUACCGUACCUCCAACGACCCCUCCAAUGCCAAUGGAUGGUCGUCUGAGCACCCGCUGUUCACCGGCAAGAUCGCCAACAGCGGUACCGGCCCCAUCGACCAGACCCUGAUCGGUGACAGCCAGAACAUGUACCUGUUCUUCGCCGGUGACAACGGCAAGAUCUACCGGUCCAGCAUGGCCCUCAACAACUUCCCCGGAUCCUUCGGCGGUGCCUCCGAGGUCAUCCUGAGCGACACCACCGCCAACCUCUUCGAGGCCGUCCAGGUCUACAAGGUUGCCGGCGAGAACAAGUAUCUCAUGAUCGUCGAGGCCAUGGGUGCCCACGGCCGCUACUUCCGCUCCUUCACUGCCACCAGCCUCAACGGCAAGUGGACCCUCAACGCUGGCUCCGAGAGUGCUCCCUUCGCCGGCAAGGCCAACAGCGGUGCUGGCUGGACCAACGACAUCAGCCACGGUGACCUCGUCCGUACCAACCCUGACCAGACCAUGACCAUCGACAUGUGCAACCUCCAGUUCCUGUACCAGGGACGUGACCCCAACGCCAACCCCACCUACAACGCUCUGCCUUACCGCCCCGGUGUUCUCACCCUGAAGCACUAG